AUGAAAACGAAUUUUCAGGUCAAAUGUCAGAAGUGCCGUAAAGACAUACCUGCCGGUUCGCCGUUUUACGACGUGAACCACGAACCAAAAUGUGAAGAUUGCUGUUUGGAGGAUGGCGCUAAACCUGCAGCUCAAACUUCUCCGAAACCGGUAGCUUGUAAAAGCUGUAAGAAAACAAUACCUGCCGGUACACCGUUCUUUGAUGUCAACAAUGCGCCGAGGUGCAAGGAUUGCUGCAUCAAAGAUGGUUCUAAACCUGCUCCGGAGGUUUCUAAUACACCGCUACCCUGUAAGAAAUGCAAUAAAAUGAUACCGGCUGGGACACCUUACUUUGAAGAGGAUCAUAAACCAAAAUGCAAAAAAUGCUGUAUUCGUGAUGGACUCAAGCCACCUGAGGCAAAAACAGCAGUGGCCGCGCCGCCAACAAAAGUGGAAGAAAGCGAAGCGGAAAAAACCAAGCAUCACCAUCAAAACAAAUUUUACCGGACCAGAUACGACCACCCUCCUCGUCGCUUCUAUGGACGACUACCGUUCCUCGAGCUGAAGCCUUUGGAGAAAUGCCUCAAAUGCAACAAAGUUGUCACUGAACGGCUCAUCCGAACUCGCGGAGGUGGAUGGCAUCCGGAGUGCUUCGCCUGUGACACUUGCCACAAACCACUCGAAGGCAUUCCUUUUACUGCUACACCGAAAGACAAACCCUACUGUAUACCAUGCUAUCAGGCGAAGUUCUCUCCACGUUGUGCUUACUGCUCCAAGCCUAUCGUCCCCCGUGGAAAUGAAAAGGAAGCUCUUAGACUGGUCGAUAAGGGCAAAUCAUUCCAUCCGGACUGCUAUUAUAAGAAGAAGGAGGUGGGGACGCAUCGAUCAUUUUGA